AUAAACCAGCAUUUCUUUCUUUCUCCAGAUCAUUUAAUGGAGGACCUUUUGAGGACCUUUUCCGUCUUCAACCCUUUAGCCACAGAUGAACCGAUAGAGAUGGAUGACUAUGGUGAAGGUGGUGAUUUCCAACUCAAUGGCUCUAGAAAAGGUCGGAUGCCUAAUAUCAAUUUCUCCAGAAGUCUGAAAAUCUCAGAGGAGGCGCUGCUGUUUCUAACGGGCCCCGUGUCCACCAUCCUCAUCCCGUCCUUCUACACGCUGGUCUGCCUCAUCAGCGUUCCCAUCAACAUCUGUGCGGUGCUGGCCUUCGCCCGGAGGAUCCGCCCUAAGAAACCAGCAGCCAUCUACAUGCUGAACCUGGCCUGUGCUGACCUGCUCUUCGCCGUGCUGCUCCCCUUCAAGAUCUCCUACCACUUCGGUGGUAACAACUGGAUAUUCGGCGGGCUCAUGUGCCGUGUGGUCACUGCAGCGUUUUACUGGAACAUGUAUUGCUCUGUUCUCCUCAUAGCUUGCAUCAGCGUGGACCGGCUGGUCGCUGUGGUCUAUCCCAUCCACUCCCUGUCUUGGAGAAGGCCGAGGAAUGCAAACUUAGCCUGUGUCUGCAUGUGGAUACUGUCCCUGGCUGGAUCUGUGCCACUCGUCCUCUCCGACCAGACCUAUCACCUCGGAGAGUUGGACAUCACCACCUGCCAUGAUGUCCAACACGUCAAUGAGCUCAUCGGGCACUACAAGAUCUACUUCAUCACCCUCUGCUGCGUACUCUUCUUCCUGCCUCUGCUCAUCACCGUGGUGUCCUAUGCUCGGGUGAUCUGGGCGCUGAGCAGAGUCCCGCGCGGGGCUCCAGGACGCUCACGCAGAAGAUCAAGAGCAGUGGUGAUGGCUUUAACCGUGCUGGUGAUGUUUGUGCUGUGCUUCACCCCCACAAACUGUCUUCUGUUGGCGCACUACCUGCAGUUUAACGAGGGUGUCGAUCAAAGCCAGGAGGCCCCCGAUGGCUCCUACGCAGUCUAUCUGGUGUUUAUGUGUCUCGGGAGUCUCAACUGCCUCCUGGAUCCUAUGGUCUACUACUUUGGAUCAUCCCAAUGCCAGCGACAACUUUCCAGCGCGCUAAGGUGUCAGAAGAUCACAGAGGACAGCAGCAGCAGUCAGUCUUCAUCCAAUUCAUGCAGUUCCAGCUCCAGGACAAUUCUCAAAUCCAGCCGUGCAGACAGCUCCAAAAUAAGCACUCAAAGCACCAAAAUUGACUCUUUCCAAGCGAACCUCCAGAGCCAAUACAAGAAGCUGCUCAUCUGAUGGACUCACAUUGAGCAGACUUCAUUGAAGUGACUUAACUGAAUCCUACCUGUUUAAAACAGUAUUUGACUAUGAAGUCCAAGUAUUGGCAAACAAAAAGCACAAGUUAGUCUGUGGGGUUUACUGUAUGUGUCCUUAUUAUAAUAAAGGGAAGAACUGAACCUCAUGCCAAAAGAAAUGACUUAAAGUCUUGGUUCCAUAACAACAAAUGUGCAAUGACAUUCUAUGUGCCCUUUGAAUGAAGUAGCCUCAGAAAAGGAAGGAAGUUCCGACUAGAUAAAAACUAUUCUGCUGAACAGUUGAUACUAUGAAGUAUAUAGCCUUAAAAAAAGGAAGGAAGUUGGAAUAAGAUAACUCUGCUGAAUAUUUAAUACUAUGAAAUGUUUUUACUUUUGCACUGUAUGUAAGAGCUUAUGAGUGUAUAAGCAGCAAACAUUGUUAGUAUAUAAUGGAAGGAAACAACUAUUUUUUUGUCCAGUGAAAAGCUUAUUUUCAAGCACGAAAAAGCUUUCUUAAUCAUGUCUUUCUUUUAAAUAUAAAUAUAUUUACAACUUUUUGUGUACCACUUUUGGCCUCUGAAUGAAUAUGUUAUAUCAUCAUGUGUUUUAAAGAUAUCCAACAGUAAUGGGCAUAGUUUAUUUCAUGCUGCUCUCUGUGGGCCAAACAUUUGGGUAGUUUAUCAUGUAAAGCAGUAAUUUCACAUCAUUGUCAUUCUUCUCCAGCAGGCAGCGCUACAACACUGUUAAUAAAAUGUAACCUGAAGGAUAGCCUUUUCACUGUGUAUCUGUUUUAGCACAGUCAUGUGAUAGUGUAAAGGAAUACUGACCGAAUAAAACUUCUUGAAUAUUUCAAUACAAGCUAAAA